AAAAAACGACGCAAUAUGGGGAGAACCCGGAAAACAGCAUCGCGAAAGCUUUUUGGGAGGUCAGCUAACGCUGCCAAUAUGGUGUUCAUGGAAAAAACCGUUUCUGACCCGCAGGAAGCCAAGUCCAAAUCUAAGCCCAAGAAGCGCUUCAAAGGCCCUGCACAAACAAAAUUGUUGAUAGUUGAGGAACAGCUAAAGAAAAAUGAGGAUAAAGAAAAUAUUAAUACGAUUUUUGUCGCGGACACUGAGCAUGGCGGCGAAAACUUUUCCGCCGAUAACACUGAUGUUGACCCGCUAGAUUUGACAGUUGGCCCAGAAUCCUCGGUGAACAUUGUUUCCGGCGAUAUAUCAGACAGAUUUUUGUCAGUUUUGGAGAAACCAUCUGUUGACGUUGGGAUCAGAUCGGAAUCUAAUCCAAAUCCAUUCGUCGGGCAACUGAAUGAAGGAACAGCAAACAGUGCAAACGAUACCCAACUUCAAGAGGAAAUCUCGCAAUUGCGAAAGGAAAAUUUGAAAUUAAGGAAUCUGAAUAUGAAGCUACAGGAAGCAUUGAUGGAGAAACCGGGGGGAGAUCAUGGUUACUGA